AUGCCUUCAUUCCAUCGUGCUGAGCCCUCACUCACGUCAAGCUAUGCACGUUUUUAUUGCACUCCCAUCUGCCCUCCCCCACCAUCCCAGCCAACCAGCAGCGCUGUAGCCAUCACACCCUCAGGCACCACCUCUCGCUCCCUUCCACCCAAUUUCCCCCGCACACCUAAGCCCCCCACACACACCUGUCCCGCUCCUUCAAGGUUGGUUGAUGGUGCAGCAGAGGCGCUUGUUGAGGCAGCGGUGCAAGCACACCUCAUCCCAUGCUUUAUUUCUAGAACGAAUCUCAUUGCUUAUCACUUCCCCAUCAUUCACUCAUGCCUGCCCUUCACCCAUUCCAUCCUUCACCCAUUCUCCCCCUUCACCCAUUCUCCCCCUUCACCCAUUCUCCCCCUUCACCCAUUCUCCCCCUUCACCCAUUCUCCCCCUUCACCCAUUCUCCCCCUUCACCCAUUCUUCCCCUUCACCCAUUCUCCCCCUUCACCCAUUCUCCCCCUUCACCCAUUCUCCCCCUUCACCCAUUCUCCCCCUUCACCCAUUCUCCCCCUUCACCCAUUCUCCCCCUUCACCCAUUCUCCCCCUUCACCCAUUCUCCCCCUUCACCCAUUCUCCCCCUUCACCCAUUCUCCCCCUUCACCCAUUCUCCCCCUUCACCCAUUCUCCCCCUUCACCCAUUCUCCCCCUUCACCCAUUCUCCCCCUUCACCCAUUCUCUUCCUUCACCCAUUCUUCCCCUUCACCCAUUCUCCCCCUUCACCCAUUCUCCCCCUUCACCCAUUCUUCCCCUUCACCCAAUCUCCCCCUUCACCCAUUCGUCCCCUUCACCCAUUCUUCCCCUUCACUUCACCCAUUCUUCCCCUUCACCCAUUCUUCCCCUUCACCCAUUCUCCCCCUUCACCCAUUCUCCCCCUUCACCCAUUCUCCCCCUUCACCCAUUCUCCCCCUUCACCCAUUCUCCCCCUUCACCCAUUCUCUCCCCUUCACCCAUUCUCCCCCUUCACCCAUUCUCCCCCUUCACCCAUUCUCCCCCUUCACCCAUUCUCCCCCUUCACCCAUUCUCCCCCUUCACCCAUUCUCCCCCUUCACCCAUUCUCCCCCUUCACCCAUUCUCCCCCUUCACCCAUUCUUCCCCUUCACCCAUUCUUCCCCUUCACCCAUUCUUCCCCUUCUCCCAUUCUUCCCCUUCACCCAUUCUUCCCCUUCACCCAUUCUUCCCCUUCACCCAUUCUUCCCCUUCACCCAUUCUUCCCCUUCACCCAUUCUCCCCCUUCACCCAUUCUCCCCCUUCACCCAUUCUCUCCCUUCACCCAUUCUCUCCCUUCACCCAUUCUCCCCCUUCACCCAUUCUCCCCCUUCACCCAUUCUCCCCCUUCACCCAUUCUCCCCCUUCACCCAUUCUCCCCCUUCACCCAUUCUCCCCCUUCACCCAUUCUCCCCCUUCACCCAUUCUCCCCCUUCAUCCAUUCUCCCCCUUCACCCAUGCCAGCUAUUCUCUCAUGCCUAA